AUGGCCGCGGCGUCGUUCACCCGCGCUUUAUCUCUCCACCUGCUCCUCCUCUUCCUCCUGGCUGGCUCGGCGCUCGGCAAGACGGUGAAGAGAGACGUGAAAGCAUUGAAUGAGAUCAAAUCUUCACUAGGCUGGAGAGUUGUAUACUCAUGGGUCGGCGAUGAUCCUUGUGGGCAUGGUGAUCUACCCCCCUGGUCCGGUGUGACAUGUUCUCAGCAAGGGGAUUACAGAGUUGUGACAGAACUGGAAGUCUAUGCUGUAUCAAUAGUUGGUCCUUUCCCAACAGCAGUAACUAACCUGUUGGAUCUAAGAAGAUUGGAUCUCCACAAUAACAAGUUGACAGGGCCAAUUCCCCCGCAGAUUGGACGGUUGAAACAUCUCAGGAUAUUGAAUCUGAGGUGGAAUAAGCUUCAAGAUGUGCUUCCACCUGAAAUUGGUGAACUGAAGAAACUGACACACUUGUAUUUGAGCUUCAAUAACUUCAAAGGCGAGAUUCCAGUGGAGCUUGCAAACCUGCCAGAACUUCGUUAUCUGUAUCUUCAUGAGAACCGCUUCACUGGGCGAAUCCCCCCUGAACUUGGAACUCUAAAGAACCUACGUCACCUUGACGUUGGCAACAACCACCUGACAGGCACUCUCAGGGAUUUUAUCAGCAAUGGGAAUGGCUUCCCUUCCCUGAGAAAUCUAUACCUUAACAACAAUGAAUUGACUGGUGUGCUGCCAGAUCAGAUUGCAAAUUUGACGAACCUUGAGAUUUUGCACUUGUCCAAUAAUAAGAUGAUCGGAUCAAUAUCGCCCAAGCUAGUUCACAUUCCAAGGCUGAUCUAUUUGUACUUGGACAAUAACAACUUCAUUGGGAGGAUACCCGAAGGGUUAUACAGGCAUCCAUUUCUGAAGGAGCUGUACAUCGAAGGAAAUCACUUCAGACCAGGAACCAGAUCAAAGGGAACACACAAGGUGCUGGAAUUGCCUGAUGCUGACAUUUUAGUUUAG